GGAUCGCUUUUGAAUUCAGUUGGAAUAAUUUUACAAACUAUACGCAUUGCAGUUUUAUCAUCAAACUUUUCAAUUUUUUCGAAGUAGGAGAGAAAUCAAUGUCAAAAGAAAAAAUCUUUAACAAUACACAAAAUACACCAUAAUAAUGGUAUCGAUAUGUGAGGUAUAGAACAACAAUUAUCCGUUCCAGCGAGCUAGCUAGCAAAGGCUUCGACUCAAUUUGCUCAAUUUCUUUCUCAAAAAUAAAAUAUUGGAAAAUUGUUCUUUUAUUAAAUUUCAAUCUUGGUCGCUCAGAGUUUGCUUGAAUAUCUCCCAUGGAAAAUAUCGACAAAAUUAACGUUAUAUAAAAGGCGAGUUAGCAGCGCACCUGUCACAGAAGCAGCGUGCACUGAAAGGUAAGAGCGGAGGGAGAGAGACAGUUGAGAAGCUGUCGUCGUUGGUGUUUUUUCAAGAGACUCAAAAUUGAUAGAAACAACAAAAAAGCUGCUGCAACUGGUGCCUCUGCCGAGGACCAGCCGCCGCGCAAAAAAGGACGACGUUCAGCAGCAGGGGGUGCCACAUCAUCAGCAGCAGCAGUAACAUUGUCUGAAAAUUUCACUGGGUCAAAUUUGAGUGGCGAUCAGGCCAGUUCAUUGUUCUCGGGAGACACUGAAACGGCGACAACUUCAAGAGCCGCCGCAGCUGCACAACAAGAGCGAAUACGCAAUCAAAAUAAUCGCGAAAAACAGACAAAAGGUGAUUCAGCAAAUCAAAAAGCAAACAAUAACACCAAUAACAAAGAAAACCAUCAAGCAACGGAGAACAAACAACUUGGACAGCAGCAACACCUCUGCAAUACAGUCAACGAUACAGAAAAAAAUCGAGGGUAAAUAUGGAUAAUGUUGGAAUGAUCCCUUCCACAUCUGCGGCUAUUGAAACCGCAUCUGGUGUCAGUAACCAUGGAAGUGACUCAUCGCCUAACAUUACCAAUUCAACAACAACUAAUGGCCACGAUUCUAAACAUAAUGGGUUCACUGCCAGGGAUAACAACAACACGACAGAACCUUCCAAUACACGCGACGAUCAGAACAACCAGAAUGAGGCGAACAACACGAUCUCUUGGCUCGGAAAAUCAAACCAAGAAAUCAUAAGACUCAUUGGACAAUAUUUACAGGACUUGGGUCUCGAGAAGUCGGUCAACACAUUGAUGUCUGAAUCCGGUUGCUACUUAGAACAUCCAUCUGCAACUAAGUUUCGCGAACACGUCCUUUCAGGGGAGUGGAGCAAAGCAGAUGCAGAUUUAAAGGAACUGGAACCGCUUAUAGACAAUGGGAAACCAUCAACCAUAACUGAAAUGAAAUUUAUAUUAUUGGAGCAAAAAUACCUGGAAAAUCUUGACGAUGGUUGUCCUUUGGAAGCUUUGCAUGUUUUACGAAAUGAACUUACGCCGCUACAACAUAACAUUUCGAGGGUUCAUCAGUUGUCCUCAUAUAUGAUGUGUUCAAACAAUCACGAUCUUUACCAGCGUGCCAAAUGGGAAGGUAAGGGAAUAUUAUCCCGAGCCCUUGUAAUGGAACGCUUACAGACAUAUUUGCCUCCCUCUGUUAUGAUGGCUCCUAGGCGUUUGCGAUCCUUACUGCAACAGGCAGUUGAGUUACAGACACAAAAUUGCAUGUUUCAUGAUAUGGCCUGGGAAACUAAUCUGCAAAAUGUAUCUCUGCUAACGGACCACUGCUGCGCCACCGAUGGGUUUCCACUCCAAACAAUUCAAAUAUUAUCAGAUCAUUGCGACGAAGUUUGGUUUUGUAAGUUCUCACCUGAUGGCUUGAAGUUGGCUACUGGAAGCAAGGAUGGUGCGGUUAUAAUCUGGGAUGUCGAUCCCUAUAAAUUGCAAUUGAAGCAACGUCGAGUUCUGGACAGUCAAACCCAAAUGAGAGUUGCUUUCAUCAAUUGGAGCCCCGAUUCGAAAAUGAUAUUGGUCGGCGGACCUGAAGACUCUACGGAAAUAUGCAUUUUUAAUGUCGAUGAUGGCCGCCUAAUGAUGAAAAUGGAUAACAUGAACCAAGAAGAUAGCCUAUCCUGUGGGGCAUUCAAUCGUGAUGGAACCAGGUUCGUCUGUGGUGGACAAAAGGGACAGUUCUACCUAUGUGAUCUCAAGGGUACAGUUCUCGAUUCAUGGGAAGGGGUGCGGAUCAACAGCGUAGCGUACAGAUCGGACAAUAAAACUAUAUUAGCUGCAGACAACCACUUUCGGAUCCGAGGAUACAACUUUGAAAAUCCUCGGACAGAUUUCGAUGUAUUGAAGGAAUCACACCCAAUCAUGACUUUUUCGGUUAACUCCGCAGAUCGUUUAGCACUGCUGAACAUUUCAAAUCAAGGUCUGCAUUUGUGGGACUUGGAGGAUAAAUGUCUAUUGCGUAGUUUUCAAGGUAUUCGUCAAAGCAAAUUUGCUAUACAUUCGUGUUUCGGAGGAGUCAAUGAAAGCUUCGUAGCCAGCGGAAGCGAAGACAAACAUGUUUGCAUUUGGCACAUAAAAAGAGAAGAACCAUUGGCCAAGCUGUCGGGUCACGCAAAAACAGUUAACUGUGUCUCUUGGAAUCCCGUUUAUCCCUCCCUAUUGGCCUCAGCCAGUGACGACUCGACCGUUCGCAUUUGGGGUCCCACAUCUACACACAACAUAAACGCUACACCCGAGAGUGAUGAUUGCUCUUCGUGUUCAUCUUCUUCGUCGUGGAAUAUGACCUCCUAGAGCAUAACAACGGAGAUGUCGGACGUCGUUUUAGUGAAAAUAUCUGGACCCCUUUUGUCAUAAGAUAUUUAAUAUUUUUGUUUUUAAGUACUCUAUCACGCAAAUUAUAAAAUUGCUUCUAGUUAAUUGUGAUUUAACUAAAUUUAUUAUCGGUAGAGGACCGGUUUACUGAUCGCAGUGAAGUUCAUUCGGAGACGUGCUGUAUCAUCCAUCACUAUUUUCUUUCGAAAUCUUUUAAUUUUGUAACAACGAAUUAGGUGAUUUCGUGUUCCAUCGCCUCGACACAACCUCGUGAAUUGUGUUAAUAAUUUGUUGUUGCAGAAAUUAUUCAGCUUUUUAACAACGCUCUUCUUUUUGAGAAUGUGCUAAAGAAUUAUCGAACCUCUACCGUGAAAUACUGUCCUAUAUCUGCCCAGGACAGUGUAAUUUAACGAAACGAAACACAGUUUGCAAGACUGCAGGUUCCUUGGGGUAGGGGAGAGAGAGCCCACGUGAAACUGCACCAAUAAAGAGGUCUGCCAUCAUGUGUAAGGGUAUACUUGAGAUAUUUUACACAAUUUGCAUAUAUACCAUCAAUGUGAUUCGAGAAUAUAGAAGUAUAAACAUAUAUAAUAUAGAAGUAGUUUGAUUUGUUAAGUGAUCACAUAAUUUGAAAUAUUCUAAGCUGGAACAACAUAGGUAUAUAAGACUUAUUUUUAAACCAAUCGCUAAUAACAUACACGUUUAUUUUAAAAAUAUAGAAUCCAUUCUGAAAUCAAAAA